AUGUUUUCUCGGCAAGCUCUCCGGGGCCUUUUCAGCGUCGAGCGAGUAGCCAGUCAACAGCCGAUCCUCUCAUACGCAUCCCGAGCAUGUCUUCACCAAGCAUCUACCACCAACAGCAGUUCUCAGAAUUUCCAGGCGACACCUCCUGAGAUUCCGCCUUCUACUUCAGCUGCUGCAGUGUCAAUUCCCCCCUCCGCGUCGCAGACAUCCACAUCUCCCAUUCCAGAUGCCACACAACAAUCAACAACCACAUCGACGUCAGAUGGACACUUCAUAAACGGCAUCCCGCGUACCAAACUCCCUCUCCCACCUCUCUUCGACUCAAACCUCAAAAUCACCAAAUCUCUUGCCGACAAAUUACCAUACCUCUACACCCAACGCCCGCACUACAUCUCCGCGCACCUCCACGAUCGCCCUUACCUCCUCACUGAAGGCGACCACCUGCGCCUCCCCUUCCUAAUGCCCAAAGUCAAAUCCGGCGACAUCCUACGCUUCAAUCGCGCUUCUGUUAUUGGAUCACGCGAUUAUACGCUCAAGGGAAGUCCGUAUAUUGAUGAGAGGAUGUACGAGUGUCGUUUGAGAGUGCUGGGUGUGGAGUCUGAGCCGCUUCGGAUAAAGGAGAAGACAAAGAGGAGACGGAGACAUGUGCAGAGGAUCAAGAGUAAGCAUCGAUAUACGAUUUUGAGGGUUAUGGAGGUUAAGUUGAAGUCGUUAGAGGAGCUAAUGGAGGAUGGUGCGGAGAUUAUUAAAGAGGGGACCAUACUGGAGGAACAGGGUGCAGAUGUCAUUGAGAAGAAGGAUGCGCCUUCUUAUCUUAUUGUAUUCGAGUCUAUUCUUUCGGUUAUUAGCAUUUCUCGUCUCUAA